UAUUUUAAGCUUUCCUUCCGUCUGAUAGGAAGCAGAAAGGAAACCCAACAUAUCAGACACCAACGCACCUAAGCCGGUAUGAUCUACUGCAGGAACGUAUAAUCCACCAAAAUCUAUACUCGGCAAGACUUUUCCCAAACUAAACUGGCCGUUUUUUUCGAUAGCAUCUUUAUACUCCCAACACCCAUGGUAAACCCAUCACAAACUUUUGAAUUUUACACCAUAUCAGGCCACAAAUUUGAAAAGUCGGAUUCGUCCGUCUUACCUGUCUUACGUCGGCAAACAGACGCAGCUAGACGCGCAGCCCUAGUCCGGUCCUUGCCGGUCCAUCGUCACUUUUUUUUUUCGCGAAAUUAG